GAUACGUUAAAAGUUAAAACUAAAUUUGUGCCGAAAGUGAAACAAAAAUACAAAAUUAUUAUUGCAUUUUAGAUCAAUUGUAAAAAUAUUAAUUCCUUAUAAAGUUACUUAUGAAGUCUUGAAACUAUAACUUAUGUAUAAUUAAUCAAUUAAUAAUAAUAAGGACAUCAUGUUUUUAUAACUAAGCAGUGUUUAAUUAUUUGGCAUGAUUGGGCAAGACCCAAGAGAUAAUAAUAAUCAUAUGAUUUAUUGAAUUGAUGAGCUGUAAAUAAACAUUCAUUGAUUUUAAAAUUAUGGAGUUUAAUAAUACUAGUUGUGAACCAAUGGACAUAGAUUUAAGCUCUAACUCAAUCAGUGCUAUGGAUAUUUCCUAUAAUGAAAAUAAUAUAAUCAAGAAUGAAAAUAUUAUAAUCAAGAAUGAAAAUAUUAUAAUCAAGACUGAAGAUACAAGUGAUAAAACUAACAUGACGCUUAGCCCUAAUAUCCAGCGCCCUGAAACUAACUUCAAAAAGUUGGUAGUCAAUUUAGAUGUAACACAUGCCAAGAGAAAAAACAAAAAUAAUGUUCUUUAUGCUCUAGGAAUAUUUUUUCUUUUACUUUCCAUAACUUGUUACCAUAUAACAAUUAAUUACCAAUGUUGUGAAAGAAUCAACACUGAAAAAAUAAGAUAUAAUCUAUUAAAUAGGCUGUAUGGACAGACUACUGCAGCAACACAAAUUGUGAAAACAUUAGAAAGUGAUAUAAAAAAUAAAAUAUUAAUAAUGUAUGGAGGAACUGGUGUUGGAAAGACAUUAGCAGUUUCAAUAAUUUUAGAAGACAUAUUAAAAUUUGCAAAUGUAUAUCACUACACAAUGCUAAAUUUAAUUGACCUAAAUGCAUCUGAUCUUCUAUUUGGAUUUACUUGGUGUCAGUCAUCCAUUGUUAUUGUUGAUGACUUGAGACAUAAUGAUUUAUUUGCAAUAAAAGACUUUAUUAAGACUCUAAUUGUAAAGAGUGAAAGACUCAGCAAAAAUCUUACUGUUAUUUUAAACUAUAAUUGUGAUAUUAUGGACUCACAUUUUUCAUCAAAAUGUAAUAGUAACUUUGCAAGUGAGUUGAAAAAUAGUUUUAGUGAUAUAUAUAUAGAAAAAAGUUUUAUACAGUUUAACCAAUUAGACAACAAUGUUUUAAGAAAAUGUGUUGAACAUGAGAUGGGCAACAAAAAAUUUACUGAAGAGCAGAUGAGGCAUAUACUGAGAAACUUUGAUGUGGUUCGAGAUGGUUGUAAAGGUGUGCACAAAAAGAUAAAAUAUUUGAGUAUAAUUUAAAAGGUAUGAAUGUUAAAAAAUUAAAGUAAUUAAUCAGUAGAAUGUAGUUUUACUUGUAGUGGUAGCACAUACAAUAGUCAUUAUAGUCCUUGUUUAAA